AUGCAAUCUCCUCUUCUUUUCAAGAAAAAACCCUUGUUCACUACAGAUCUCUCCUCUGUGGAUUCCACUAACUCUUUCCCUGAUCAUGAUACCCGAUCGCUGUACACUAGUGAGCUGCGUAGUACUUCUGAUCUUUGCACAAUGUCUGAGGGAUACUAG